CACAAUCUUUGCGAUAUCAGUAUAUUGGGAAUUCGGCGUUUUUCAGACGUCUAAAUUGAGUGCCUGGAUAUUAUGUCUGGGAAACCCCCGGUUGCUCAUCUGACGGAAGAAACUAUUGUGGAAUACAGAGAUGCAUUUGAUUCGUUUGAUUAUAGCAAGGCUGGCAAACUGAGUCCGCUCGACAUUCCUAUUUUGAUGCGAAAACUCGGUCUGAUGCCAUCCAACCUGGAAGUUGAGGAGAUGAUUGAAGAAAUAUACAAGGAGAAAGACACUGCUGCCGAUGGAAUCACUUUUGAACAAUUCUGUUGCAUCGCAGCUCGGAAAUACAACGAUAUCUACAAAGAAGCCGACAUAAUAGAGGCUUUUCGUACAUUCGACUUGGAAGAGCAUGGCUACGUGUCAUCUGCUGAACUGCGCAGAGUUUUGUGCGGGAUGGGAGAGAAACUGACAGACGAUGAAUUUGAAGCGAUGCUUUAUCAAGCAAAAAUGGAUGAGGACGGAAACGUACACUACGAAACAUUUGUGCGAAGAAUGAUGGAAGACAUGUACCAAGACCGCUGAAACCAAAAGUCCCGAAAAAAUCAUAUACACUUUUAAGGUUUACUUUCCGUUCACUCCAAGUGAGCGAAUUCACCCCACAUCAAUAUUUCACCAGGUAUAUUGUAACUCAAUGAGGUUUCUAAAUGAGUGCUCUCAGGAACAACAAAAAAUCGU